AUGUUCAAACGGAAGCAACACGGGGAGUUUCUUCAGGCGAUGUGCCAGCCACCCCGCAGCAUGCCGUUUCUAUCCCUGGCGGUGUUUUUGCUGUUGGUGUGUUGUGCCGCUGGGUGCCUCGCCGUCGAUUCCGCCCGGAAGCACCGCUGCGGAUUUGGCGAGAUGAUGGGGAGGUGGCCGCAGCCGACUGCGGUGGUUCGUGAUGUGCCGCGCAGAGGACAGGGUGAGAUGCAGGCGUACACUGUCGCCGCACAAGGCGUGGGGAGUGAGUGGGCCCCGAUCCGCAUCAAAGUGUCCGCGAAGGACAUGGACGACUCGUCGAAGCACUGCACCGCAGAAAGGCCUUGGCGCCUGGUCAAUGGCAACUGGCAGGAAUGCACAGAUGACAUGAUGUUGACGGAGGCGAAGAAGGACAUCGUUUUGAAGCAACUCCUCCCGGCCGCAAUUAAGAUGCACACCGAUCGUCUGUCCGUGAGGCCUGUGGAGGGUCCCAUCCCCAUACCAGAUCAUGGUAUAGGGAUGUGCACUGGUUUAACCAUCCCUUCCUGGCACCACACGAUCGGCGUGAGCGGCGCCGACCUAAUUCUCUACGUCGACGCUCUCCCGUCUAACGCCGCUACCGCAUGGGCGUUUCGCUGCGUCUUUCUGGAGGACGGACGUCCGUACGUUGGCGGUGUGAUCUUCAACCCCAAGCACAUACGGGCCACUGAUGAAACUGUUCGUACUGCAGCGCACGAGAUUGGGCACGUUCUUGGGUUUGCGUUCAAUCGUUUUUCGAGAUUCAAUAUGGUCUCCCAAGUCCCCAAUGUUCGCGGGAAAGAAAAAGUGUGGGUGGUUUCCUCACCGAAGGUGAAGGAGCUGGCGAGGAAGUACUACAACUGCCCCACACUUGAGGGCAUGGAGCUGGACGAGGGGAGUGAUGGGAUGCUCGACCUAAGCCACUGGAAGAAACUCAGCGCACAGGACGAGUUGAUGACUCCUGACUUCCCGUCCAUUUAUUACUCGGCAUUCACGCUUGCGGCAUUUGAGGACAUGGGUGUGUACAAGGCUAACUACGACAUGGCGGAGCAGUUGCGGUGGGGCAACAACUCUGGCUGCGGGCUGCUGGAAAAUGAGUGCUUCACCAACGGCCACACCGACUACCCUGAGUUGUUCUGUAAACACCCGUCGACUAGACAAAGUCUGCUCUGCACGCAUGACCGUCUUUCUCUGGGGUACUGUGGGCUAUAUAUUCACCCCCAGCCCCUUCCACCGCAGUUGCAGUACUUUGAUAACCCUGCAUUUGGAGGUUUGAGGACUAUGGACUGCUGUCCGUUUGUUGUUGAGCGUGAAGCGUCUGGGUGUACCAACGGAAACACUGAAUCUAUCCCUGGAAGCUUCAUUGGCUCGAACUCACGGUGUGUAAAGGGGGAGGGGCUUCGUUUUGAUUACCAAGAGAUUGGCGAUGUGUGCGUGAACACGCAGUGCAGUGGGGGUAGGCUGAGGGUGCAGUUCCUUGGCGACGGUACGUGGCACGACUGCAAUGAGGGUGAGACAGUUGCGCCGUCGGGGGGCGAAUGGAGCGGGGGGAGCAUCAGGUGCCCCAAAUACGCCGACGUGUGCGCAGCCUUCCGUAACACCAGGGAUCUCCCAAUACCAGUCGUUGCCCCACCAUUGGUGGAGGAGUCAAACCCUGCAGACACAAAUGAUGAAUCAGGCGGCACUAAUCCUGAGCCCGAUGCCUCGCCCUCAACGUAUCCGUCGCGCAAUACCAACCCGGAACGCAACCCAACCAGCAUGCGUGGUGAGGUUACUCCGAACCCGUCCGGGAAAAGCAGCGUUGGAGGCAACGGGAAUCGUGGAGGGAAGGGAUUCGGAAUCGGUGACACUUCAGUUGCGGCUGUUGGCCUCGGUUCCCUUGCGCUUCUCAUCGUGGCCGCCGCCGUGGCGAUGGCGCCUCUCUGA